AUGACCGAAAACCCUGGUUUUGUUCCAAUGCUUAAAGUAUUGGUUGAGGAGACUUACAAUAAUUCAAAGAAUCGAAAGGUGGCAUUGCUCGGACACAGUAUGGGUGGAACUUACUCACUCUACUUCCUAAAUAAAAUGUCUGAGGAAUGGCGUUCACAAUAUAUUGACUCACUGAUACUCAUAUCAGUACCUCUUGGUGGUUCUUUCAAAUUGUUUAAGAUUUUAGUUGAAGGUGACAAUCUUGAUGUGCCUCUUUUGAAUCCGACAAAUUAUAGAGACCUGAUUAAAUCCUUUUCGUCUCUUCACAUGAUGUAUCCAAAGUCACCCCCAUGGAAACCUAGCGACGUAGUAAUGCAAUUUGAAAAUUCACACAAUUUAACUUUGCAGGAUGCUGAACAAAUUUACAACCUGUUUGGCGAUACAGAUGAGUAUGUACGUGAGCCUGGACAGAUGUAUUCUCCUUAUGGGAUCUAUUCUAUACAUUUUCAAUAA